AUGCAGACUGCUUCUACAAACAUUUGUGAAAGAAUGGGUCGCUCUCAGGAGCUCAGUGAAUUCAACUGUGGUACCGUGAUAGGUUGUCACCUAUGCACCAAGUCCAUCUAUGAAAUUUCCUUGCUACUAAAUAUUCCACGGUUCACUCUUAGUGGUAUUAUAACAAAGUGGAAGAAGCUGAGAACAACAGCAACUCAGCCACAAAUUGAUAGGCCACAUAAAAUGAUAGAGUGGGGUCAGCUCCAACUGUCUGCAGAGUCAAUAGCUAAAGACCUCCAAACUUCAUUUCCAGUGAAGGGAACUCUUAAGGCGUCAGCACACCAACACAUUUUGGAUAAUUUCAUG